ACGUAUGAACUUGCUACCUUAAGGCUCCAUGGGGCAUCAGCUAGCACUGGGGCUAGGAGGCAGUCCCUACUCUGGCCACUGGCUUGCCUUUCUGAGAGUUGAAUGAGUUUCACACCAAGGUGGGAGGGGCAGGCCAAACAUCCACCCAAACCAGCACCAGUCAGCCAGUGAUCCACCAGAUGUUUUCUGCCAACCUGGCCUCGCUGAGCAUAUACCAUGCUGAUCACUGUGUAUUGUGUGCGUAGGGACCUCACAGAGGUCACUUUUUCCCUCCAGGUCAACCCUGACUUUGAGCUCGCCAAUUUCAGAGUUCUCUGUGAGCUUGAGUCUGGUGUGCCUGCUGAGGAAGCCCAGAUUGUCUACAUGGAGCAGCUCCUUACAGACGAACACUGCUCCCUGGGCUCCUAUGGACUCAAAGAUGGUGAUAUGGUUAUACUACUUCAGAAGGAUAAUGUGGGACCUCGGACUCCAGGAAGGACUCCAAACCAUCCUCCAGCAGAUUUCACUGGGUCUGGGUCGGCCGUGCCUGGAACAUCAAGUUCCCGACACCCGCAUCAACAUCAACACCAUCAUCACCAUCAUCAACGUAUACCAUCAACACAGCAAGCCCACGGAUUGGCCUCUGGAGAGAAUAUGGCCUUUGCUCAGGAUCUCGACAGCCCUGCCCUGAUUCGAAGCAUGCUACUUUCCAAUCCCCAUGAUCUGUCCCUGUUGAAGGAACGGAAUCCUGCUUUGGCUGAAGCUCUGCUUAGUGGGAACCUCGAGACAUUUUCUCAGGUCCUGAUGGAGCAGCAGAGAGAAAGGACCUUGAGAGAGCAAGAGAUGUUUCGUCUUUAUUCUGCUGACCCAUUCGAUCGGGAAACGCAGGCUAGAAUAGAAGAAGAAAUCCGACAGCAGAAUAUUGAAGAAAAUAUGAACAUAGCUAUGGAAGAGGCUCCGGAGAGUUUUGGACAAGUCGCUAUGCUCUAUAUUAACUGCAAAGUGAAUGGGCAUCCUUUAAAGGCUUUUGUUGACUCAGGUGCCCAGAUGACUAUCAUGAGCCAAGCUUGUGCUGAGAGAUGUAAUAUCAUGAGACUGGUGGACCGACGAUGGGCUGGGGUUGCUAAGGGAGUAGGCACACAGAGGAUUAUGGGCCGUGUUCAUCUGGCUCAGAUUCAGAUUGAAGGUGAUUUCUUACAAUGCUCUUUCUCUAUACUUGAAGAGCAGCCCAUGGAUAUCCUUCUAGGGCUUGAUAUGCUCAGGAGGCACCAGUGUUCCAUUGACCUAAAGAAAAAUGUGCUGGUGAUUGGUACUACUGGCUCACAAACUCACUUCCUUCCUGAAGGAGAGCUGCCCUUGUGUGCUAAGCUGUUGAGUGGGACUGUGCAAGAAGAAUCUUCAGACAGGGAAGUAGCAGGUAAUAUCAAACAUCCUGUCAAGAGUCCAGGACGCAAAAAGCAUUGAAGGAGGUCAUAUAUAAGCCACUGCCACAAGGAAGCAAGCCUUAGGUCCCAGGAAAUUAUAAGACAUGAGCUCACUUGGCAAAGUCAUCAUUAAAAACAACUUAGCAACCAACCCUGGCCUUGUGACUGAGUACACAGAUGGGUGACUAUGUAAGACAUCAGUGAUUCAUCAGAGUGUGUAUGUGGGCCCAGUCUUUCACUCCCAGAUCACCGAACGUCAUCCAGGGGACAGUGUGGAGCUUCAAGUUGGCUUCCCAACAAUCUAGGAGAAAGAAAACAAGUCUCCUCUAUCAGAUUAUAGGGUGGUAUGUCCAAACCAGGGGCUAUUUAUUUUGCAUAAGUCCCUAGAAAAGAAGCCAUUCUUUAAGACUAAAAAGACAUGUAAACAAAAUGUUUUCAUAUAA